AUGCCCCUGACUGACAUAAUCCGCCGGGCUUCCACUUACAUCCUGGGCCCCGAAAUGGAUGCGGGGAAAGACAUUCGCUACGAAAACAACGAGGUGCUGUUCUGCAAGAACAACGUCUGCGUUCACCCACCGGCCGUGGUCAGACAGGAGACCGACAUCCUUCACCAUCCCGGCUACCUGACAAUCACCACCAAGGUCUUCAUCGACCAGUACAAUGACUCCAGGCGACCCACCUUGUUCCUCACCUGGAUCCCCAACGUGGAACUGGCGAAAAACUCCGUCUUCUUGCAGAACGGGCUGAAGAAGUGUCCCAACCGUUCCAGCUUGGAGAGCCUGACUUCGAACGACUCGAACGAGUUCGUCGAACGCCCUCUGACGAUCGAGCUGAAGAACACGAACCCGUUCUUGAAUAACGACGACAAGGAUAGAUUGGACACUUCGGAGUCCUCGGGGUCGGAGGAUAGCGACAAACAGGGCAUCAGCAUCAACGUGGAUAUAUCGAAUCCUGAGAUAGAAAUCAUACAGACGCCUGAUAGCGUCAAGGAUCCCAGGGAGCAUUUCGAGUUUUCAAGGUCAGAAUCGAUGACGUCAACGGACAGCCAGCUAAACUGGAUAACGACCCCAGAGUUCCUGAUGCAAAAACACAAUCUCGCCUUCCCUGAAAGUGCCACUAAUUCCCCUGUUCUACCAACCAAGUAUUCGCAUAAGUGUAGGAGAUUUAGCGUAGAUUUGAGCCAGAUGAGGUCCCUCAGGUUGUUUUUUAACGAUAACAGUUGCACGUGUGGACAACUAGUAGUGGCUUCAAGAGAGUCCCAGUACAAAAUAUUACAUUUCCACCACGGAGGCCUGGAUCACUUGGCCCAAGUCUUGCACCAGUGGCAUUCCUUACUGCAUAGUAUCAAAUUCGCGAAAGGAUGUGAAGAGAACCUUCCCUACAGGCACUUCAUGGUAUGCAGGCCAGAGGUUUCCGUAUUAGAACUGCACCCAGAAGAAGGGCAAGUGCCUAAGUUGACGGAAGAAGUGUUCAGGAGCUUAUUCAAUGACAUCGGCCAGCUGGAAGACGACCUGACCCUCAGGAAGUACAUAUUCUUUUCAGGCAUGGACAGGAACAUUAGGAGAGAAGUGUGGCCUUUUUUGCUUCACGUUUACCCCUACCACAGCACGUUCGAUGAAAGGAUUCAGAUUGCCGAAAUUCGAAGACAGGAAUAUGAAGAGAUCAGUAGGAGGAGGUUAGAUCUGAAUGAAAACCAAAUGAAUCAGUUCAGAAGGAAAAUACAAAGCGUUGUGGAAAAGGACGUGAUUCGUACUGAUCGGGGUAAUCCAUUUUUUGCUGGCGAUAACAAUGGGAAUGUGGGGUUGAUGAAGAAUAUUCUGCUAAACUAUGCAGUUUAUAAUCCAGGGUUGGGGUAUACUCAAGGCAUGAGUGACCUUCUGGCACCAGUUCUUUGUGAACUAAAGGACGAAGUAGCAGCAUUCUGGUGCUUCGUUGGGCUCAUGCAAAGAGCAGUGUUCGUGGCGACGCCGACGGACAGGGACAUGGACAGAUCCUUGAGGUACUUAAGAGAACUCAUCAAACUAAUGGUACCUAAAUUCUACGAACACCUCCAAAAACAUAAGGAUGCAAUGGAGCUUCUGUUUUGUCACAGAUGGAUACUUCUGUGUUUCAAGAGGGAAUUCACUGAAGGCGUGGCUUUAAGAAUGUGGGAAGCUUGUUGGGCAAACUACUUGACCGACUACUUUCACUUGUUUCUUUGUCUGGCUAUUGUAUCGGUGUACGCCGAUGACGUUAUUGCUCAAAACUUACGGUCUGAUGAGAUGCUGUUGCAUUUCAGUUCACUUGCGAUGUAUAUGGACGGCCAACUAAUAGCACGAAAAGCUAGAGGCCUUCUGCACCAGUUCAGGCAAAUGAGGGAAAUACCCUGCACCCUUUCUGGUCUGUGCACGAGGUGUGGCCCCGGGAUAUGGGACAGCUCGCACAGUCCUCGCGUGUACUGCGUUGGCCACGACCAACUAGGCUUUUGCAACAACUGUACAAACUAA